AUGGUCAUUGGCGAUGACUCUGGUGGCAUUAAUAACCGGCCUAUCGAUGAGAGUCUAGCUUUCUCGAGGCUGAACGAAGAACAGAGGCGCCAGUUGGGACCGAUGCUAAACGACUUCUUUCGAACACUGCGUGAGACGGACGAUGAAUACCCUCACAACGGCGACAAAAAAGCCAAGAAGAAUCGUGAUCGAGUCAUCCGUCGGGCAGCUCUUCGGGCCGCGAUGAAGCAGCUCAGCCAAGAGCAACAGUCAACCACAACGAUCGACGAAAGUAACUUGCAAAUUGAGGAACUCAAGUCGAUGUGCAACACGUUCAAUCAGCAUGUACUCCAAGAAGCCAAGCGGAUAAUCACUACUGAGAAUCCAGAGUCCAACGCCAAUAAUGAGAAUACAACAGGCGCCGAAGAGUCUGUGGACUCAACUAGCAUCAAUCUCGGCGUGGAUUUCCCUGAAGACAAUCCAGACAUCCCGGAGGACGACGCCGAGGACCAGUUCCGGGCCCAGAUUGCCGAUAACCAGACGAUUGACACCUUCCCUGAUGAGCUUGAGGAUAUUAAUCAACUCUCCGAGAUAGACUACGGUGCCGCUGCUCGAGCAGCUAUGGAAAUCUGGUUGAAAGUCGGUGAAGAGCACUCAGCCUUUGGAACAAAGCAACAACAAGGCGCUACGGUUGUCUGCCCUCGCUGCCAAGAAGACGAAACUGUCGAUGAGGAAACAAAGGCCAAGCGAUAUGCCCCAAGCAAGCUACCUCGGCACAUUGACGGCGAAUUCCAUUCUGGUUAUAAACGUUUCAUGCGCCGAGCAGUCAUUGACGCUAAACAAAAUAACCUCAAAGGUCUUCGAUGCGAGAUCUGCGUCGCAAUUGCUCCUCCUGAUACUGAUGUACCAGCUCACUCUUCGCAGAAGACAUUAGCUAGGCAUAUUAACAUGUCUACUUCUUCUAAAUUAAACACUGCUGAUGUCAAUGUUAACGAAUGGUGGGCUGGCAAAUCCACGAAAACCAAGCGCCAAUUUCAGCGCUUCGACGACCGCCAGUCAUCCGAAUUUUCCACCACCGUCAAGUAUAGCACCGAGGAAGAACUACCGCAUCCGAUCCCUGUUGGCCGUGGCAUCUAUCGAGGUUCAGCUCCAGGACAGUUCGAGGAGCACCUAAAUUCCAAUCCAGCUCUUGGCAAUUUGGUACAGAUGACAGAGAUGCCCGCCGCCGAUGGUGCCAAUCUACCAACGCAAAAGGAGAUUCUUGAAUCGCCUGAGCUAUCGUCGGUCAUCAAAUUCGGUUCAAUGCCUUCAGCUUCAGAGCUGGGCUCCGAACCUCAGUUUUCGGCCAGGUUUAGCCAUCUAGUUGAACUGGGCCCAAUGCCCGGAACUCCAGGCUAUAAAGGAGAGAGCAGACUGGAUCAAAUCGAGCAAGAGUCUAAGAUCCAGCGAAAGAAGUAG